CUUUGUGACCUGUCUUGAUGUCCCUGUCCUGUCGUGGGUGUUGCCAUGCAUGGGAACAUUUAAGGCCCUGGUGUGUAGACCCAUGUGUCUGCUUUCUUUGUUGUAUGUCCCUAUUUGGAUCUCUGUGUCUCACACAACAUCUUGUUCUUAGCAUCACGUUCACCCUGUGCCUUUGCCUUGUCUCUUGUGAGAAGUGUGUGUGUGUGUGUGUGUGUGUGUGUGUGUGUCUGUGUGUCUGUGUGUCUGUGUGUCUGUGUGUGUGUUCUGUGUUGGAGUUGGGUGCACAGGAUGUGCAUGUCUGUGGAGAUCAGAGGUUGAUAUAAGAAUAUCUUCCUCAAUUGCUCUGCACCUUACAUUUAUGUGCACUAUGUGUGCAUACCAUGGUACAGGAGAUGGCUCAGGGGUUAAGAGCAUGACUGCUCUUCCAGAGGUCCUGAGUUCAAUUCCCAGCAGCUGCAUGGUGGCUCACAACCACCUGUAAUGGGAUUUGAUGCCCUCCUCUGGUGUGUCUGAAGACAGCGACAGUGCACUCAUAUGCAUAAAGCAAUUUUUAAAAAAAAAAAAAAAAGAAAAAGAAAAAGAAAAUCCAAGGUCACUCCACAGGCGUCAGUUCUCUCCUUCCAUCAUGCAGGCUCUGGGAAUUGAACUCAGAUCCUCGGUGUUGACAGUUCGUGCCCUUAAACCCCCUGAGCCUCGUCAUUCAUUGUUUGGAGGCUGGGUCUUUCACAGGAACUCAUUGAUUGGGUUAGAAUGACUCCAUCCAUCUGAGGACAAACCCAGGGCAGGGGUUGCAGGUGUGUGCCUCUGCACCUAACAUUUUAAAAUUACUUGUUUUAUUUUAGUCUUACUUGUGCUUGCACAUGCGUGCAUUCAUGACUGCAUGUGAACAUGUGUGCAUGCAAUUGUGUGUGCGUGCAUGCAUGUGCAUGCACAAGUGUGUGUUGUGUUUGCCAUGUGUGUGCAGGCGGAAGUCAGCAGGGAGCUCUGGAUUCACUGAAGUUACAGGCUAUCGUGAGCCACCCAAAGUUGAUGUUGGACACUAAACCAGGGUCCUCUGCAAGAGGAGCCCAGACUCUUAACUGUUAAGACAUCUCUCCAACCCCUGCACCUGACUUUUCACAAAUGUGCUAGGGAUUCGAACUCAGAUCCUCAUACUUGUGCACAAACACUUUAACAACUGACCAUCUUCCCAGCCCUGCCUACAGGUUGUGUGUGUGUAUGUGUGUGUGUGUGUGUGUGUGUGUGUGUCUGUAAAUGUGAAUGUAACACCCUAUCUGAUUCAGUGAAACAGCCUUUUUUACUCAUGUCAGGAUAUAUGCCCACGUUAAGGAUCUUUCUUUUCCCUGAGUGUGUUGUGUUUGUGUGGCCAUGCAUGUUGGAAUGUAACCUGUACGGCGAUUGUAUGUGACUAAUCUGGACGUCGGUGUUCUUGUGGCUCCGAACCCAUGCCUCGCCCUCAAAGGAUCUCAUCCUGGACUGUGCCGUGUGUAGCUAGAAUGUCCUAGAAUUUCCUACUUUGGAUAGAAGCUGCUUGCACACUUCCAUUGACUGUUCCCUGGUUUGAGUCACAUCCAAUGCUAGGGCACACUGAGUGUCAAGUGCACCAGUGUGUGUUUCAGGAUCAGUGUCAGGGGCGUGUGUGUUUGAGCCCCUUUCACGAUGAUGUGAGCUACUGUGUGUUUCCUGUCCUCUAGGUGCUGGGUGACAGUGUCUGCCACCCCUAGGUGUUUGCACACAUGGAGUAUCUCUAUGUGUUUCACAUUCACACCUCCUUCUGUGCCUGUAUGACAUGUGACAGUUGUGCCUGGUGACUCUUACAAAUCGGUGUGUCCAUACCUGUUGUGUAUUUGUGUCGCUCUUGGUGCAUGUUUCCUGUUUCCUGUGGUCGGUGAUGCCUAGCUCUUUCUAUCCUGGAAUGUUAUGGGGUUUUACUUGGUUUUGUUUUUGGAGACAGGGUCUCAUAUGGUCCAGGCUGACCUGGAACUCAUAGUUGACAGUGACUGAGACCUGCUGAUCUUCCUGCCUCCAGCUUCCCAGAGCCCACUUUAUGCCAUGCUGGGAUCCACCUCAGGGCUUCUGUGAUCCAAAGGAGAGUGCUAAUGACAGCACUCCACCCCUGGCCCCAUUUAAAUAUUAUUAUUUAAUUUUUUAAAUUCAUGCAUGUGUAUGUAUGCGAAUAUAAGCCACACGCGUAGGGGAGGCCGCAGAGACCAGAAAAAGGGCGUCAGAUCUCCCGGAGUUACAGGUGGAUUCGAGCCACCUGGUAAGUAGGUGCUAGAAAUGGAAGUCAGACUCCUUUCGAUAGUAGCACUGCCUUUUAAUCACAGUGCCCGACUUUCGAGCCCCUCCCCCUGCCCCACUUUGACUGUGUGACUGUGUGAGCACAACCUUUGGGUGGCCCUGAGUGCAGCGGGACGCUGGUGCCCUGCUAAGUGCUGGCGUGUGUCACACCGUGUGUGUGGUGUCUGGGUGUGGCUGUGGGUUUCUGAACUUUCGGGAGUGUGAGUCACUUCUGUGGAGGUUGUGUGGUGUGUGCUGGUGUGUUGGGCUCCAUCUCCGGUCUGUCAUGGGGUGCUCUGUGGUGUGUGGGUGUGGUGGGUUGUAGGUGUGUGCCACAGAGUGCAAACGGUUGGAAAGUCACAACCUAUUGUGUCAGAGUGUGUGUCUUUGCCCACGUGGAUGGACUCUUCUUCCUUGCCCGGGGCCACAAGACACACCCCAACCCCUCCUUAGUCUCAGAAGGGGAUGGGAUGGGCAGCCUCCCCCUACCCAGGGACCUCCCCGUCCCUCCCCGCCCUGCCCUGCCCGCUGCAGUUACCACUCCCCAGAGGGCAUGGGGCUAGGCUGUGCCUUCCAGCCAAAGUCCCAGGGUGAGCAGAACAGGCCGCUGGCCUGGAAGCCAAGCUGGCUGCCAUUUGCGUACUGAGAGGUGGGGGACCCUGGGCAGGAAGCUGGCUGAGCACCAAGAGCUCGGGGGCCAUGGGCGGGGAGCUGGUGACUGGCCUGGGGGCCCUGAGACGGAGAAAGCGCCUGCUGGAGCAGGAGAAGAGGGUGGCCGGCUGGGCACUGGUACUGGCGGGAACUGGCAUCGGACUCAUGGUGCUGCACGCUGAGAUGUUGUGGUUCCUGGGUUGCAAGCUGUUCAUGACUGACAACGGGCUCCGGGACUGGCGCGUGGCGCUGACCCGGCGGCAGGUGGCGCAGAUCCUGCUGGAGCUGCUGGUAUGCGGGGUGCACCCGGUGCCCCUACGGAGCCCGCACUGCACCCUGGCGGGGGAGGCCACAGACUCACAGGCCUGGCCGGGCUUCCUGGGCGAAGGCGAGGCGUUGCUGUCCCUGGCCAUGCUGCUACGUCUCUACCUGGUGCCUCGCGCGGUACUUCUGCGUAGCGGGGUCCUGCUCAACGCGUCUUACCGCAGCAUCGGGGCGCUCAACCAAGUCCGAUUCCGCCACUGGUUCGUGGCCAAACUAUACAUGAACACGCACCCGGGUCGCCUGCUUCUGGGCCUCACGCUGGGCCUCUGGCUCACCACAGCUUGGGUGCUGUCUGUGGCUGAGAGGCAGGCUGUCAAUGCCACGGGACACCUCACAGACACACUGUGGCUGAUACCCAUCACGUUCCUGACCAUUGGCUAUGGGGACGUCGUACCUGGCACCCUAUGGGGCAAGAUUGUCUGCUUGUGCACCGGAGUCAUGGGGGUCUGCUGCACGGCUCUACUAGUGGCUGUGGUGGCCCGGAAGCUGGAGUUCAACAAGGCGGAGAAACACGUGCACAACUUCAUGAUGGACAUCCAUUAUGCCAAAGAGAUGAAGGAGUCGGCCGCUCGGCUGCUGCAGGAAGCCUGGAUGUACUACAAACACACUCGAAGGAAGGACUCCCGAGCGGCUCGCAGGCAUCAGCGCAAGAUGCUGGCUGCCAUCCACACGUUCCGCCAGGUACGGCUGAAACAUCGGAAGCUCCGGGAACAAGUGAAUUCCAUGGUGGACAUCUCCAAGAUGCACAUGAUCCUGUGCGACCUGCAGCUCGGGCUCAGCGCCUCGCACCUUGCCCUGGAGAAGAGAAUCGAUGGGCUGGCAGGGAAGCUGGAUGCCCUGACUGAACUGCUCAGUACUGCCCUGCAGCAGCAGCCGCCAGAACCCAUCCAGGAGGCCACAUAGCUGGACCCACAGAAGAAUCAGGCUAUGUACCGAAGGACUGAGCUCAAGGACAUCCUCCCUGCCUAUUCUGACCAAGCCCCAUGAAUAAAUCACCUCAAGAUGCCAGGACACAAGUGGAUCCACGUUGAGAUGCAUGGACUCUGGUGGUGGCAGCCAUGAGUGGACACUGGCUUGGACCUCCCAUGGCAGUGGGGUUACUAUGGUCACCACUACACAUAGGCCAUCAUCAAAAGUCCUUUCUGCUGUGCUGCUGCUGUUCAUGACCCCUCAAGCUCUGUUGGAAGAGGAGGUGCCCGGGGUCCAAGAUGCUAGGAAGAAGCUUCAGUCACCGCAGGCCGGCCUCGCUGAAGGAACCAGGUCCGAGCGGCGGGAGGUGCUGCCCCCUGGUGGACGCUGCUUCCCCCAGAAUGCGGAAACUGCGCGGGAGUAGGGUGCGGGGUGCCGCUCACCAAUCCACCCUCAUACUUUGUAAUAAAUGGUAAACAAAGCCAAAA